GUUUGGUGGAGAGUUGAAGCGGUGAAAAAGUGAAAAAGAGUCGAGGUAGUUCAGCAGUUCUUUUUCUUUCUUUGUAUAGUUAAGGUUUUGAAAGUUUUAUCCCGGUUUGUGGGCGCCUUAUAGGUGUAAAGUUGUAGCUCUUUCUUGUUUUUUUAUAAUAAUUGGAAUAAAAAAAAAAAAAAAAAAAAAAAAAGAAAAAAAGAACUACACCCCAAACAAAUCAUAAUCAUAAAGGUAAAAUUAUACCAAAAAGUCGAACCCUAGUUUAAUUUUCAUAAAAAAAUAUGAAGGCCUUUGAUCAAAACGCAAAUCUAACAUAAAACCAAACCUAACCAGAUUGUUCCAUGCUAUAUCUAAAACCGAAAUUUUGGAAAAUGUGAACCGAAAUAAAACCAAAAUCGAAUUGGAUAUUAUAUUUUUAUAUUGUGGUCCACCAAGUGUGAUGAAUACUAAUAUACAACGUGGUCCAACAAUUUUGAUGACAAGAAAGUAUUAAUAUAUAACAUGGUCACAGAUUUUGGUGACUAACUAUGUGGUCCAUAGGUUCCGCUGACUAAUACUAUAUUGGUAUCAAUAUAGUGAUGUUUUGUUUAUACUCUAAACGAAUAAUUGAAAACUAAGAAGUAAGAUCCCUUCAACAUUUGUCUUGUAAUGAACAUCCAAAAUCCAUUUUCAUCUUAGAGGAUAUUCCAUAUAUAGUUGUUUGACAUUAUAUAUAUUCAUAAGAUAUGAUCCAUGAGAAAACACACCUAAAUCUUGAAAAAAUAGAACAAAUAAAAUGUCUUCUAAGAUCCCUACCUUAGAUUUCUCAAGAGAAGAUCUGAAACCAGGCACAAAGUAUUGGAAAUCAACUAGCAAGAACAUAAGACAAGCCCUUGAAGAGUAUGGAUGUUUCAUCAUAGAUCUUCAAGACAAGACUCCUUUAGAUCUUCUUGACCAAGUCUUUGGUUCUUUGGUCGAGUUGUUUGAUCUCCCAACUCAAACCAAAAUGAGGAACAAAUACGAUAAGCCUUUAAAUGGCUAUGUUGGUCAGAUUCCAGCUCUUCCUCUUCAUGAAAGUCUUGGUAUUGAUAAUGCCACUUCUUUAGAAGCAACCAGAAGCUUCACCGGUUUGAUGUGGCCACAAGGAAACAAACACUUCAGUGAAUGUGUGCACAAGUAUGCGGAGUUUGCAGCCAAGCUUGAUCAAAUGGUGACACGGAUGGUUUUUGAAAGCUAUAACGUCGAGAAACACUACAAACCAUACAUUGAAUCAACCACUUACCUUCUCCGUGUGCUGAAAAAUAGUGCACCGAACAACGAUAAAUCUAACUUAGGAUUUGUCACACAUACAGACAAGAGCUUCACAACAAUACUUCACCAGAAUCAAGUCAAUGGUCUCGAAAUGGAAACUAGAGAAGGAGAGAGGAUCAAUAUCAAUCUAUCAUCACCUUCACUCUUCAUGAUCGUUGCUGGCGAUGCCUUGAUGGCAUGGAGCAAUGAUAGGGUUUGGUCUCCAAGACACCAAGUUCUAGUGAGCGGUGAUACAGACAGAUACUCUCUUGGAAUGUUUUCAUUCAACAAUGGAACACUUCAAGUACCAGAAGAGCUUAUUGAUCAUCAACAUCCUCUUAUGUAUAAGCCCUUUGAUCAUAUUGGUCUACUUCGAUUUUACCGUACUGACAUAGGUUACAAAUCAGUGUGUCCUAUCAAAGCCUAUUGUGGUAUUUGAAUCACUUAUGUAUCCAACUAUCUAAAGCUUCAUAUAUGUGAAAUGCAAUAAUCUAUCUAAUAAGAGAAAAAUAAGUGUAAUUUCAGGGGGAAAAACAUAUACUCCUUGGCUCCAAAAUAUAAGAUGUUUUAUGUAAAAGUAAAACCACAUAUUCAAAAAUUAUAUAUUUUAUUUUAUAAACAUCAUUAAAACUAUAAAUUAAAUAAUACUUAAAUUAAUUAUAAAAUAGACUAUAAAAUAUAAUUAGUAAUACAGUUUCUAAUAAAGAUUCAUAAAAUAUGAAAACAUUUACAUAUUGAAACAUCAAAAAUCUUUUUCAACAUCUUACAUUUCAGAACAGUAGUUACAUGGUAACACAAGGACAUGUUCCAUUUCUUGGUAUGUAAUCAAGACAUCAAUAUUAGCA